GUGCUCGUCUUCAUGGAUGUCCCUCCAUGCCCUCUCUUUCCUCUCUGCUUUCGAGGCUUGUCCUUUUCUCUCUGCUUUAGUCAAAUCUCACACCAAACCAUUUUGGUCACUGUCACUGAGUAGCUCAUUUAUGUUCUUCUUCCUCAUCAUUGAGCUUUCAGAUAAUCCCAAGUUUCCAACUUUGAAUUGAGUUUUGAGAGUGGGUUACUGGGUUUUGAGCCUUUUGAUCUUCUGGGUUGUGCUUUCAGCUCCAGAAGAGCAUUUCCAGAGAGCAGAACAAGCAUAGGGAAAUCUGAGUUCACUCUAUAAAGUUUUUGGCUUCAUGGGAACAAUGACUACGCCUAUCCCUGGCGUAGCGUCUAAUUUUGACGAGGUUUCUAUGCAUCAAAGUUUGCUCUUCUCUGAUAGUCUCAAGGAUUUGAAGAAUUUGAGAUCACAGUUAUACUCCGCGGCAGAGUACUUUGAACUUUCUUAUACAAAUGAUGACCAAAAACAAACAGUGGUAGAAACAUUGAAAGAUUAUGCCAUUAAAGCUCUUGUGAAUACGGUGGACCAUUUGGGUUCUGUGACAUAUAAGGUCAAUGAUCUCUUGGAUGAAAAAGUGGAUGAAGUUUCUGGCACAGAAUUUCGGGUUUCUUGCAUUGAACAGAGGCUGAGGACAUGUCAAGAAUACAUUGAUCAUGAGGGCCUUUCCCAACAAUCAUCAGUUAUAGACACUCCCAAAUACCACAAGCGGUACAUCUUGCCAGUUGGUGAGACCAUGGGGGGAGCAAACAAAACUAAAUCUACAUACAAAGGAUGCAACUUAGAUGAUGAAGAUGAAUGGCAUCAGUUUCGGAAUGCUGUUCGUGCUACAAUCAGUGAAACCCCACCAACUGCAGUCAGUAGAGGGCGGUCUCCAUCUCCACAACCUCAAAGACCUGCAGUUUUUUCGUUUACAUCUACCAUGCCCAAGAAAGAAUUAGAUAAGCGAACAGUUUCACCUCAUCGGUUUCCACUUCUACGGUCUGGUUCUCUUGCAAGUAGGCCGACGACUCCAAGCAAAAGUCGGUCAACUACCCCAAACUCAAGUAGACCGACAACUCCAAAUCUUACUAAUGCAAGACGACGGUACCCUUCAGAGCCUCGAAAAUCAGCUUCAAUGCGGCUACCUGCUGAAAGAGAGAACAGCAAAGAGGUUGAACAAUAUCCCAGCAAAAGUAAACGCCUCCUCAAAGCCUUGCUUAGCCGACGCAAGUCAAAGAAAGAUGACAUGUUAUACACUUAUUUGGACGAAUACUAAGAGUAGGGUCAAUGGAAGCAGGAAAUUGCUGCAUCAUUUGCCUUCAGCUGUUCCCUUUCACUUGAUACAGAUGUAUUACCUUUUCAUUUCAAAGUCUGCUGCUUUUUAUAGAGAAAUGUAUGUCCUGACGACUCUUUAUAAACAUCAUAUAUCAAAUUAUCAAUUGUUAUAUAGUUACCAUUU